UUCCAUACUCGAGCUUCUCUCGAUCUCGCGCGCUACCUCGAAUUUUUCUCCAACUAUCCACCGCGCCAGCGCCAGGUAAGGGGGGUUUUUCUCCGGCACACGCCGGGCCGGCCGGGGACGCAGGCUGGCAGCUAGCCCGCACCGUGCACCGUGUCCGUGACUGCAUGCGCAAGUGCCACAACCAAGACACUUCUCUCUAGUCUCGAUCUCCACUAGCAUCUCAACUGUUCUAUUCAAUCAAAGUACUCUGACUCUGACCUGAAACCACCAAGGCGCAAGUCUUCAUGAAACCAUCUCUAACAGUACCGCAACUUUGUCUUGACUUUGCUUUGGCCUUUGGCUUGGGCCUGGCUUUGGACUGGCCGGGAAAUCGGGCGCCCCUACGACUUUACGUUAAUGAUUUCAGUGCAUGGGACUUGAAUAAUCAAGAAUUAUUCCAAGAUGCCCCGUGGUGGACCAGGACCAAGUAGUAGAAGGCAUGAUGAGGAAGAGGAAGAAAUGGAUUACACCAUGUCUCAGGCAACUCAACAGACACAAUCACUUACACAAGCACAGAGAGCAGCAGAUAGUUUACCAAAGGAAGUAAUUGAUCAAAAGGUGAGCAAUCUUGUGCAGUACAUGCUGAUCAUGGAAGCGAAGAAAAACCCAGUAAAAAGAUCAGAUUUGUAUAAGAAUGUAUUCAAGGAGCACAAGAAUAUUCUACCAGAAGUACUACGAAGGGCUAAGGUCAAAUUAAAUGAGAUAUUUGGAUAUGAACUAGUGGAGGCAGAACAAGGUGGAAAGACAAAGACAAAGUGUUAUUUCUUACUCAAUUCACUGAGCAGUGAUCUCACACAAGAUCUUGUGAGGAAUAAUGAUGAAGUGAAGUUUGGACUGCUCUACAUCAUCCUUGCCUUAAUCUUCAUGAAUGAAGGACAAAUGUCUGAUGUUCAAAUGUGGCUUCUACUCCAAAAGCUUGAGCUUAAUCCAGAAGAGAAGCAUCCGGUCUAUGGAGACGUGCGAAAACUGGUCACUCAGGACUUUACCAAACAACUGUACUUGGAUUGUCAGAAGAUCCCAAAUACUGAUCCUGUAGAAUCUGAGUUCAAGUGGGGUCUGAGAGCUGAGAAGGAGAUGGAUAAAGAACAAAUACUUAACCUUGUAGCUCAGAUCAUGGGUGAACAGAACCCCAGCAUUUGGAAGACACAGUACAGAGAGGUCCUCAUCGCCAAGGGUAUCAAUCCAGACGAAGCAGCCGAGAAUGGAGAGGACAACGAGGAGGAUGAUGAAGACAUGGAUGAUGACUAGAAAGGCAGACAAUAAUAGGAUAGCUAUCAGUGUAGCCUUAUGUUGUGACCAUGGCUCAGAAUGAAGUUGAUGGGCUUGUGCCUUUUGGUAAGACAAUGAAUGCAAAUGAUCUCUUGGAUGACAUAAAACACCAGCCAUCCAGUCACUUAUUUACCAUUUAUAGUUUUAAAAAGCUUUAUAGCUAAACAAAUCAUUAACCAUACUGGAAAAAAAAUGUAUGAUUUGCAACAAACUUUGCCCAUUGGCUCUUCAGAUCUUACAUUAUUUAAGGAGAAGUGCAGACAGAAGCAGAGAAAAAAACUUCACUCUUGUGCAAUCAUUUCCGAAGAGCUUUGUAAAUUUGAUCUUCACAACUUUACUGAAAUUUGGCAAAAUAGAAUAGAGGAGCAGAGAUUCAUGCUCUCACUGUUGAUUUGAUGAGAUCUAUAUAUACAAAAGACAAAAGACCUUGGAGCAUUUCAUGAACAAAAAAAUAAUCAGUGAAAAUUGAUGUGGUUAUAAGUUUCCCAAAUCCUUGCAUCUGAUUUGCUCAGAGUAAAGUUGGCAGUGAAAGUCACUAUUUGUUUUGUGAAACACAGUGCCUAAUACCUCAGUCACACUUCCCCUUCAGCGGCUGUAUGGCAAUUCGAAAACAGCAGUUUUAUUCAUCUUAUUCAUCUUUUUUUAAACCAUGCAUAUGUAGCUGGUACAAAAAAUGUUAAAAAUUACUGUUCUUGACUUCCCGUAUGGCCGCCGUAGGAGAAAUGUGACCAAGGCAUAAGUUCCCUGAAUCAUAUCUCAGUGAGAAAUGAUGUAGACCUCUUGAGAUAACCAAGAAAUUUUAUUCUUUCAAUUAAGUUUAAAUAGGCUUCUUAUUUGUAUUGUGUGAUCAUUUUGACAGGACUUGCCUAUAUUUUCAUAUUGGAAUCGAACAAAUGAAUUCUGUAUGAACUAUGAAAUGCAUUUAAUACCCUUUUCAUUGGUUGAUAAAUUACCUUUGGCUCAAAUUCUUGGUUCAAAGUGAAGUGCUAUUUAGAAACAUUUAUGAUAUGCAGUCAUCUAAUUAUGCAUCUGUUUUGAAUUGUUCUUUAAAGGACAAGUCCACCCUAACAAAAAGUCAAUUUGAAUAACAAGAGAAAAAUCCAACGAGCAUAGCACUGAAAAUUUUGUCAAAAUCGGAUGUAAAAUAAGAAAGUUAUGAUAUUUUAAAGUUUCGCUUCAUUUCACAAAACAGUUAUAUGCACAUCCUGGCUGGUAUGCAAAUGAGGAGACUGAUGACAUCAUCCACUCACUAUUUCUUUUUUAUUUUAUUAUAUGAAAUACUGAAUAUUCUAAUGUUCACCUCAUUGUCAAGUGAAACAACGAUUAAUUCCUCCCUGAACAUGUGGAAUUAACAUUAAUUUAAUACUACAUGGGUCAGUCAAGUUGGCUCUUGUUGUCAAAUCUGUAAAAAAAUAAAAAAUUGUAUAAUUCAGACAAUAAAAAACAAAAGAAAUAGUGAGUGACAUCAUCGACCCCCUCAUUUUCAUGUAAAUAAGUUGUGCAUAAAACUGUUUUAUGAAAAAUAAGCGAAACUUUAAAAUGCCAUAACUUUCUUAUUUUACAUCCGAUUUUGAUCAAAUUUUCAGCAUUAUGCUAGUUUGAUUUUUCUCUAUUUAUUCAAAUCAACAUUCUUCUGGGAUGGACUUGACCUUUAAUACUGGAAAUUGGUUGUUGCCAUGCAUUUUAUUUCUGAUAGAAAAACGGCAUUUAGGAAGUGGGUCCAGGUUCAUAAAGAUUUGCCAUAAUUAACACCCAGUUCCUUUAACAAGCCUACCAUCUUUCAAUCAGAUUGAAUGGUUUCAGGAGCUUAAAACUUAUUGCAAAUAUGCUAUUAUGAAACAUUUGUUGAAUUUCCUGUCUUUUUACGGUUUCAGCAAGUACCCCAUCUAGUGUUGAAACCAGAGAGAAUUGCCUACAUGAAUUGCUAUUUCUAGCAUUUAUGUCAUAGUGACUUUUUGUAUAUAUCUUGAAGGGUGUAACCCCUAUGUGAAAUAAUGAGAAGCCCUGUGCAGUUGAUAUUGUAUGGUUAAGUUACAUGUUUGGCAUGAACAUACAUCUACUAGUAUGUGCCAGUAGUGCCUUGUACAAAACAUUAUAGAUUGUUCAUUUAUAUCACUUGUUGAAAACGAUAUAUAUUUUUUUGAUGCAUGUGGAGGGGGUGCAGGGGGUCCUGUUUUCAGGCUGAAGAUAUGGUCACACUAUCAUGAUCCUUUUUCAGACAUGGUUUCUUGAAAAUGAGGAUUUUGUUCAUGAGAUUCCUGCUUACGUAGCAUGUGCCAGUAGUCAUUAUCUGUGUGAAUGUGUGCACAUGCAUGUAGCCUUUGCCUUGGUAUGAUAAGGUACUGUACUGUGCAAAUAUAUGCUAUGAAUUUAAGUCUUGACUUUGAUAAUGACUCAUUCAGCUGUAUAAUAUCCCAGAACAUGGAUGAAUAUGAAUAUUGAGUUCGAUGUUUAGUCAGGUGAGAAUCUAUUUUAAUCUCUAAAGAGAAAUUUGCAAAAGAAAGAAGGAACAAGUAUGACUCCCAAUACACCUAUAUCAUACACAUGAUGUGAAAUUGUUCAGUACUAGUAAAAAAUUUGAGAAUAGCAAUGAAAAAAUGCCCCAAAACACUCAUCAUGGAAUUUUUUUUUUUCAGACAUCCACAAAAAUGUAAAGAUGGACCAAAUCAGAUGUUUGCAGUACUUAGUAAAAUUAAUGGCUAAAAGUCACAUUGAUUUUUUGUUUAAAUUUGUGGUCUGAAAUCAUUUUUUAAUGCAGAUUCCAUGCCUUAACUUUAUGCUGAAUUUGGUGAGUGUAUUGAGAUAGAGUGAUAGAGUCCAAUAUUUAAUCUUUAAUGCAUGCUUUCAUAACAGAGUGCAAAAUUAGUGCUUGUUACUAAGGUUUAAUACUGCAUCAGCAUUGUUUAUACGUACAGUGAGCUUAUUAAUUCAAAACGAUAGGCUCAUUAUUAUGCUGUAACCCUGGAGCAAUUGUGAAUUUCGCACCCAGCGCAAAAAACCACAAUUAUCAUAGGAUGCUUUCUCAAUUUAUACACCCUGAAUGAAGUUGAAUUAAUACAUGUAAUCUGCAUAACCAAUGGUAUCAAAGCAUGUGUUCAAAACCACAUUUGUGAAUUCAUGCAAUUUAGAUUCAGUCUGAAUUGUUUGGUUUGGGUCUUUGGGAUUUCUGUUCAUUUUUUUUUAUGGGGGGGGGGGGGUGUUUAAUGAGAGUGGGAUACAAAAAAUCUUCAGUUCAGUAUGAUAUUUCUUUUCUCAAAGAUACAAGGGGAAGAUCAGACACUUUGGUGAUUUUUUGAAACGCUUGAUAAAUGCGCGUGGGGAAGGACGCCCACUAGCGUUGAGUAAGUAAACAUCGGCACGCUGCUGUGUAUAAAACAUAUGGGGAAAAUGAGAGAAGGAAUUUGGGAGAGGGCACAAGGGCCACGCAUGUAGAUAAUUCCACCUUUUAUUACCCAGAAACCUCUAAUUUAAGAUUUAAAAAAUCUUUAAAUAAAUUAAAAAAAUCUUAAAAUGUAGAAAUCAUCUAUUCCUUCACCCUUUCACCAUUUCUCUCAUAUGUUUUGUACACAACCAUCUCGUAAUACGCAAAGGUAAAAAAAGUUGUUACUUACUCAAUGUUGUAGGCCGCUCUUCCCGAGCAUUUCAUUGCGUGCUCUAUGUACUGUCCGAUCUUUCCCUUGUAGUAUCUUUGCUUUUCAUCGGUGCUAAAUUCUGGAAUGGUGAUAUGAUAAUGAUAUUGAUGUAUCAUGUUUUGUUAUCCUGUGAUCUCUUCUUUUGUUUAGUGUUUUCCAAUUUAUGGAAAAUUAAGAAAAUUUAUUGCCACCUUGCUUUUCACAAAAUCCCAAUACAAGAUUGUUCACAUACUUUACCUUUCCAUUAAGUCAUGAAAUCUACCGUGCUCCCCCUUUUUUUUUUUUGGGGGGGGGGUGACAUGUGCCUUUCCCAUUCCAUUGUUCUAUCUAUCUGACUGAUCAGCUAAGUCUUUGUCAGUGGUACAAUGUAACAUGUCUCUUGUUUUACUGUUUGUAAAUAUGUUAAAAGAUAUUUAUAUUAAACAAGAUCAACUUUUAUAGAGUUAA